UGCGUUUGGUUUUCCCUUUCUCAAGUAACCUUUCUCUGUUUUUAUCUUCUCACGUGUGUUGCUGUGUUCUCUCCAUCUCUAGAUUCUUCUGUGCCAUGAUCUAACGUCUUCGCAAACCUUCCAUGUUUUGCCACUCUCAUUCACCUAUCUUCGAGGCUUCGAUUCAUAAUAGACCCUGAAUUUCUCGUUUCUCAAAAAUACCAAAUUUCUGAUUUUUAUCUUGUUUAGGACUUGGUUAAUCUCGCGAUCAUGGGGUGGUACAGAAGGGGAAAGCUCGUUCUUGAUGGUUUUCGAAGCUUCACUUCGAGGGUUGCGCCUCAAAAUCCAAAUUUUCAGCGUAAUUCGAGGAUUUGCCAAUCUGGGUAUUUGGAUUCAUGUUCAAAAGGAGCUAGCUUUAAUGGGUUUUCUUCGUUUUGUUCAAUUUCUCAGAGACUAGGCACACGGGGUGUUGGAGAUAACAGGAAAUUUCACAAUUUGUUUGUUACUGGGGCUAAGAGAUUUUACUAUGUGGAUCCUUACAAUGUGCAGCAUUUCAGGCCACGAGGGCCAAAGCGUUGGUUUCAGAAUCCUCGACACGUGUUCAUGGUAGUGGUGAUUGGUUCAGGGGUUUUGAUCACUGUGUACUUUGGGAAUUUGGAAACGGUUCCUUAUACCAAGAGAACCCAUUUGAUUCUGUUGUCAAAAGCAAUGGAGAGGAAGCUUGGUGAGAGCCAGUUUGAACAAAUGAAGACAGCUUUUAAGGGGAAGAUAUUGCCUCCUAUACAUCCUGAGAGUGUGAGGGUGAGGAUGAUAGCUAGGGAAAUCGUUGAUGCAUUGCAGAGAGGGUUGAGGAAGGAGCAGGUGUGGAGUGAUUUGGGGUAUGCAUCAGAGCAUGCUAUGGUCGAAGGUGAUGGAAGGGAGACAUUGAAUGCAUUGGUUGGGACUGAAGAGAAGGUUGCGGGAAGGUGGCACAAGGAGGAUGAGAUUCUUGAUGACAAAUGGGUUCAGCAAAGCAGGAAAAAGGGUCAGGAAAGAGGGUGGCACGAUGCUACAUCGCAUUUGGAAGGGUUGAAUUGGGAGGUUUUGGUGGUGAAUGAGCCUGUUGUUAAUGCCUUCUGCUUACCUGGUGGCAAGAUAGUUGUGUUCACUGGUCUGUUAGAGCAUUUUAGAAGUGAUGCAGAGAUAGCUACUAUUAUUGGACAUGAGGUUGGGCAUGCUGUGGCAAGACACAGUGCAGAGGGGAUUACAAAGAACCUGUGGUUUGCUAUUCUACAGUUGAUACUUUAUCAAUUUGUCACUCCUGAUAUUGUCAACACAAUGUCAUCCCUUUUCUUGCGGCUACCUUUCUCCAGGCGGAUGGAAAUGGAAGCUGAUUACAUUGGGCUGCUGUUAAUUGCAUCAGCUGGGUAUGAUCCUCGGGUGGCACCCAAAGUGUAUGAGAAGUUGGGAAAAGUGACUGGUGAGUCUGCCCUCAGAGAUUACCUCUCUACUCAUCCGUCUGGAAGAAAGAGAGCAGAAUUGCUUGCUCAAGCUCAGAUUAUGGAAGAAGCACUUACUCUAUACAGGAAUGCUAGAACAGGACGUGGGGUUGAAGGAUUUCUUUAGUACAAAAACACCUCUACUUGUUUCAAACU